GCUAUGUUCUGUUUUCAGCAGACCAGCGCUCAGUUUAGAUUAGCCUGCAGAGCAGUGCAGGCCACUCAGAACUCGACUGCUGUUACGGCUGGCCUUCGGUCGAGACCAGGGCAAUAUUUCGUUACUCUAAACCACUUUAUUGAGAGCAGCCACCCAGAACUGAAGCUUUGCCCUCUGGAGGAAACAUGGAUGUUUAACUGCUUAAAGUGAGAGAUUUCAGCAUCUGUAGAGCUGUGGGCUCUAUAACCUGCCAUCAUGGGCAAUGUGAUGAGGCAGGAAAAGUCAAACCCAGAGCCUAGCAGCAUUGACACCAUGUUUAAAGACUGCGACAGUCUUGUGGUGCUUGCUGAUUAUCCAUGUCGUGACAUAAGUGAACCUAUCUUUAAGAUCGGGGACAGACUCAAAGGUCUUUCAGAAGAUGGUUGCUGGUGGAAAGUGCGUUCUCUUCAAACAGGAACUGAGAAUUACAUUCCAAGUAAUCAUGUGGCAAAGGUUUAUCAUGGAUGGCUGUUUGAGGGGGUUAGCAGACAGAAGGCAGAAGAGCUUUUGUCGUUGCCUGGUAACAGUGUCGGAUCAUUUCUAAUUAGAGAAAGUCCGCUAGAGAGAGGUGUAUAUUCUCUCUCAGUGAGACACAGGAACGUGAAGCACUAUAAGAUAUUCCGGCUGACUAAUAGCUGGUACUACAUCUCACCACGGCUUACCUUCCAGUGUCUGGAGGACAUGGUCAAUCACUACUCUGACUCGUCAGAUGGUAUAUGUUGUGUUCUCAGCGCCCCGUGUCUGGCUCUAUCCAACCCUGCCCCGAGCUCAACCCAGGAAGCGCCACCAGUGGUAAUGCGUCGGAACUUGGAUUGGAAGAAAGUGAAUAAGUCUCAGCUUAUGAGCCCAAGCGGACUGGAUACUGUGGACAGCAAAGAUAACAUGAUGAGCUACGGGGUGAGGAGCAGCAUAGCCGCCUAUCUGUCUUUAUCAUCCAUACCUGAGCCAGAGAACGCCGCAGGCCGCAAGAAGAAGAGCAAGUCUAUCUAUGUGAUGCCUGAUCACAGUAAUAUGAAUUUAGAGGAAAACUAUUAGCUUAUGACCACCAUAUGGUAACUGGUAAUAGUUUUGCAUUGGACUAGUCGAAUCUUUCACAUACAUGUCCAGGUCAUAUUUCACCCUAAAAUCAAAUUGCAUAAAGAAAACCUAUUUUAGGACUAUUAUGAUUUGUGUCUCUGUGUGUGUGUGUGUGUCU